CUCUCCACGCAGCACCCCCGGCAGCUCUCCCUCCCUGCGGCGCAGGGUCCUCGGGGAGGCAGGGCCAGUGAGAAUGAGGCUGGAGGAGAGAAGAGCAGCAGCGGAGGUGGAGGAGGUGCUGGUUCGGACGGUGCGCUCCCCUCCAUACCCUCUGCCUCCUCCCUCUCGUCUGCCUAUCCAAUCGCCUCUCGCCACUUCAGCCGCAAUGCCAAGAAAAUGCAGAGCUGGUACAACGUUCUCAGCCCCACGUACAAACAGCGGAACGAAGAUUUUCGUAAAAUCUUCAAGAAACUUCCUGACUCAGAGCGACUUAUAGUGGACUACUCCUGCGCUCUGCAGAAGGAUAUUCUGCUUCAGGGACGCCUUUAUCUGUCAGAGAAUUGGCUGUGUUUCUACAGUAACAUCUUCCGCUGGGAAACCACUAUCACCAUCCUGCUGAAGGACGUUACCUCUAUGACCAAGGAGAAGACUGCCAAGCUCAUUCCAAAUGCCAUCCAGAUCAGCACUGACAACGAGAAGCAUUUCUUCACAUCUUUUGGCGCAAGAGAUCGCAGCUACAUGAUGAUUUUCCGCCUGUGGCAGAACGCACUGCUGGACAAGUCUCUGUCCCCCAAAGAGCUGUGGCACAUCGUGCACCAGUGCUACGGCACUGAGCUGGGCCUCACGAGCGAAGAUGACGACUACGUCUCCCCCACCGCUGAACACAUGAACGGCCUGCUGCCGGGAGAGGAGUCAGGGUCGGUCACAGACCUGUUGGACCUGAGCUCAGUAUCUGUUCCCUCCGCGGGCAGCUCUCCGCCUCCGCUGGUGCCGUGCAGUUUAAGCAGUCCGCCUUCAGCUGCCAGCCUCAGCGGAUCCUCUCCGCCCUCCUCUGCCUCCUGUCUGCCCGUAGAGGUGCCCUCCUCGUCAGGAAGCAGACUCGGCUCCGAGCCCCUCGAAUCCAGCCCACCCAGCUCACACAGCUCGCUGCCAUCCACCACUCCCACCAACGCCUCUGCCUCUAUCUCCGCCUCCGCCCCGGCCUCUGCUGCUGCCUCUUUUACUCUGGAAGAAGGCGGAGACAGCUUGUCCGAGUCAGCCAAUCACAUGCUGCCCCCACCAACCGCCAGUCUGGGAAACCUCUCGUCAUUGGACAUCACCAACGAUGAGGACCUGCCCACAGACCCCAGCAACUCGUCUGAUACACAGGAAGAGAGUGAGGUGGAGGCGUUCUGCGCUGACCUUAGCGGGCGGCUGCUCAUCAACACGGCGGUCCGCAUGAGCGUGGACAAACUGCACGACCUGCUCUUCUCUGCUGACACGCACUUCAUCCAGCACCUCUUCUCCCAGCGACACUUCACUGACCUGUCUGUGGGUGAAUGGCAGCAGGACGGCAGUAGUGGGAACACCAGCCGUGUGCUCAGCUACACCAUCGCCCUCAACAACCCCCUCGGCCCCAAGACCGCCCCUGUGGUGGAGACGCAGACACUGCAGAAAAGCAGCGCCCGGGGCGAGUGCUACGUGGUGGACUCGGAGGUCAUCACCUCAGGCAUCCCAUACCAGGACUACUUCUACACCGUCCACAGAUACUGCCUCACCUCCAUCAACAAACACAAGAGCCGACUCAGAGUUUCCUCAGACAUCUGCUACAGGAAGCAGCCGUGGAGCCUGGUGAAGGCGCUGAUCGAAAAAAACACCUGGAGCGGCAUCGAAGAGUACUACAAACACAUGGAGAGCGAGGUGUGCAAGCUGGAGACACUCCUGCAGACUGAGGUUACCGUGGUGACCACAGGCGAAGCGGUGGGCGCCGAUGCUGCCAAGACCCCGCCAGCCCUGCGACGCAGGAAACGCACGUGCUCGCGGCGGCAGGGUGAGAGGGAGCGAGAUAGGGAAGGAGGAGUCGGUGCCGGAGACCGAGGGGACAGAGGAGUGGGAGAGGAGAGGGACACGAGAGAAGCCGGCUCUCAGUUUAUGAAGCUGGGGGAGCGAUCACGCGGCGGCGGGCACAACAGCAUAUCCACCAUCCUCCUCAUCGUCAGCUUCAUGAUCUGUAUCAGUCUGGUGGUGCUGGUGGCGCUCAACAUGCUGCUGUUCUACAAGCUGUACGCUCUGGAAAGAGCCGCACAUACACUGGAGACGUGGCACUCCUACUCUGUUGCUGACAGUCCUUUGCCUCAGACUGCUGGGGAGUGGGCUCAGGUCCUGCAGCUGCAGAGGCAGUUUCAUCAGGCCCAGCUCAGCAAGUGGCAGCAGAUCCUACAGUCCUCCGUCUCGCUGCUCGACCAGAUGAAGCAGUCUUUAGAGAAGCUCCACCAGGGCAUCGUGGUCCCAGAGGUCAAGCAGGACCCCCCUCCUGACACGGAGUCCCUGACCGAGGCCUGAAGCUCGCCUGCUCCGACUGCCCCCCCUCCCAACCUCUGAACCCGCAGAGAUUCGGAUCGUUUCCCACUCGAACCCCGGUGAGAGAGGACGGCGCUCAGAACUCUCCUCACCCGACUGACUUGAAACAGCGACGUUCGCCUCGAGUGAACUCAGACUGGAAGCUUUCAGGACCACAGCAAUAAUUUCCCUGCAGCUGCAAGUCGACUGUGUGUGAGUGUGUGUGUGUGUGAGAGUGUGUGAGACGAGGCCACAGGUGGGCCCGUUCAGACCACACGGUCGGCUGCAAUCUCCUUUAAUUCAGACCUCGACUAUCACAGACCAAACUUCCUCUUCUGACCUGCAACAUUUUAGAGGUUCAGCGAUUCAGGAAAGCGGGAGCGUCGAUCGACUCUCAGAGGACGAGAAAAAAGAGAGGACGAGGAACACGCUCCCACUUCUCCCGGGCUCCAUCAGGGUUUUAUGUCUUUUUCAAACUUGGUGCGUCCGACUGUUUCCUGGACCAUGACAGUAUUUAUUGUUGCCGCUGACUGUCCCGUCCUGCUCUGAAGAAGUCAUGUGAUGCCUGUUUCCUGCUCUGAUUUGCUGUUUUGUGUGUGGGCCAAGAGGGGCUCCACGAGAACGAUCACUGGCCCCAGCAAUAAUAGUGAUUCAUGUUCUGAAUGUUUCAAGCAGAGUAGUACAUAGAUACAUAUAUAUAUAUAUAUAAUGGUAAUAAUGAACCGUGUGUGUGUGUGUGUGUGUGUGUGUGUGUGUGGGCAGCAGAGGACAUUUGGAGAUGAGAGACGGGCGUUCGUGUUAGUUUGUUUUUGAAGAUUUCUCUUUCAUGUUGGGUUCAGGUGGAAACUCUGAGGUCUCAUCAGUGACGGAGCGACUCCUGUGAGGACCAAGCAGACCUCUGAGGGUCCCGGAGAAGAAAAAAGGGAAUUUUUCUGGCAGUAUUGUUUUUCUGUGUGUGUGUUUGUACGAUUCAUCUUCUUUUUAUUCAGUUUUCAUCUUCCGACUUUGAUUUUUGUCGCCAUUCGUCCUCCCCGCUCACUGGACCUGAAAACAUUUCACCCACCCGAGAGCUUCCUCUCUGGUUUUCUUUCCUGCUCUUCCUCACGCUCUCCUUCUCUUUCUCUCUCCAUUUCGUUUUGGAAAACGGCGUCUGCUGAAGCAUGCGGGCCCUGCUGUGCACGGCCAUCCGUGGAUAACAAAAGGAUGUACUAUUUAUUAAAGGAGGGAGAGAGGGAUGAGGAGCAGAGAUGGGAAUGUACUGUAAAGAUGUGAUUGUACAUCACGCCAUGGAGAGAAAUGAAAAGCUCUAAACACGCAACAACGCCUCGCUUUUCUUUGA